AUGUUCGGGAAACCAGACAAAAUGGACGUUCGGUGCCACUCGGACGCAGAGGCUGCCCGGGUCUCCAAGAACGCGCACAAGGAGAGCCGGGAGGGCAAGGGCGCGGAGGGGAACCUGCCCGCCGCCUUCCUCAAGGAGCCGCAGAGCGCCUUCCCGGCGUCGGGCGCGGCGGAAGAUUGUAACAAAAGUAAAUCCAAUUCCUCCGCGGACCCGGACUACUGCCGCCGGAUCCUGGUGCGAGAUGCCAAGGGAUCCAUCCGAGAGAUCAUCCUGCCCAAGGGCCUGGACCUGGACCGGCCCAAGAGGACGCGCACGUCCUUCACGGCGGAGCAGCUCUACCGGCUGGAGAUGGAGUUCCAGCGCUGCCAGUACGUGGUGGGCCGCGAGAGGACCGAGCUCGCCCGGCAGCUCAACCUCUCCGAGACCCAGGUGAAGGUCUGGUUCCAGAACCGGCGCACGAAGCAGAAGAAGGACCAGGGCAAGGACUCGGAGCUGCGCUCGGUGGUGUCGGAGACGGCGGCCACGUGCAGCGUGCUGCGGCUGCUGGAGCAGGGCCGCCUGCUGUCGCCGCCCGGCCUCCCCGCGCUGCUGCCGUCCUGCGCCACCGGCGCGCUCGGCUCGGCGCUGCGCGGGCCCAGCCUGCCUGCCCUGGGCGCGGGCGCCGCCGCGGGCUCGGCUGCCGCCGCCGCCACCGCCCCGGGCCCCGCCGGCGCCGCGUCUCCGCACCCGCCGGCCGUGGGCGGCGCUCCGGGGCCCGGGCCCGCGGGGCCGGGGGGACUGCACGCGGGCGCGCCGGCCGCCGGCCACGGCCUCUUCAGCCUGCCCGUGCCCUCGCUGCUCGGCUCCGUCGCCAGCCGCCUGUCCUCCGCGCCGUUGGCCAUGGCGGGGUCGCUGGCCGGGAAUUUGCAAGAACUCUCCGCGCGGUACCUGAGCUCCUCGGCCUUCGAGCCGUACUCCCGGACCAGCAAUAAAGAAGGGGCCGAGAAGAAAGCGCUGGACUGA